AUGUGGCAGCACAUAUUUCGGCAGAUGAAGCUGUCCUGGCGGCCGGCUUUGCGGGCUAAGCGAGCGGAAGGCGGCCAGCUUCGGUCUCGAUUUUCUCAAUUGAUGGAUGACUCUUACAGUGUCUUCUAUGUCGUCUCGCGGUGUACCGUCGCUGUGUCUCUCUGCUCCCUGUGUCAAGCCUACCUUUUCUGGGUUGAACAGGCCCGAGGUCUCUCUAUGGAGCCUACGAUCCCCGGCGACGGCGGUCUGCUCGUAGUCGAAAAGCUGCGGAGGCGUCUGUCAGAGAGUUCGCUAUUCAGGAAUUUCGUGCAGUACCAGCGCGGAAGUAUUGUCCUUCUGAUUCCUCCCGACGCCGAUGGCGUGGUGUGCAAGCGGAUCAUUGGCCUCCCUGGAGAUGUGCUGGAGGUCGAGAGAGGAGACCGCGGAUUCAUCGGCUGCGAACCCGUGCUCGUGCCUCGCGGGCAUGUCUGGGUUCAAGGCGACAACGGAAAAGCUUCACUGGACAGCCGUACGUAUGGCUGUGUUAGUCAGGGUGCGAUCCUUGGGACCGCGAUGUUUAGUCUUUGGCCUCCGCGGCUUCUACCAAACACGCCUCCAUCGAUGAACGGAACGCGCAUAAUCUCAACUUGCGAUGCGCUACCAAAGGUAGCACAGUGA